CCAACACGCUGUCUUGGUUGUAUGUCGACUCCUGGGUUCUCAAGUAAGCACGGACGUCCAUGAAUCCAUCGAGUUUGUCGUCAUUGCUUACGAAUUUGGUUUAAACAACGCUCUGUCAGGAGUGAGGAGAAUGCUGAGCUUGGUUUGGUCCAAAGAUAACGAUGUUAAGAGCAAGGUCGUUGAUGCUUACACAAGAUUGUAUCUUAAUCCUCAAGUACAAGGACAAAGGUAUACUCUGAAAACACCCUGGUUAAGAAUUUCCUGGCUAAUCUAAAAUUAACCCUGUUUGGUGUAACUUAAUGUUCCUGUGGUUAACUUAACCACAAUUCUGGUUAGCUUGAUCGUAGCCCUGGCUAUAAUUUAACCAGGAUUUCUUGUUAAUUUGACCAGGCUAUAUGGUUGAACUAACCAGAUUAUGUUACUGUAGGUGGAUUAUUUACCAGAAACUCUUGGUUAUAAUAGUCCACCUAACAGCUUUUACCAUGCCCCAAUCGCAUGUGAAAAGAGUUCUUCCAGUUUGACUCCACCAAACCAAAUCAGAUUUUCUUCGAAUACUCCCAGGGUUCGUAGCCGUCUUUGAAAUCCUUGAAAGUCUUUAAAUUUGAAUGCAGGUCUUUAAGGUCUUUGAAAAGUGUUUGAAUUGUGUGAAAAAGCGAAGAAAGUCUUUAAAAGUCUUUAAAUUCUUUAGUGAGUAUUUGAUUAUACGAUUUCCUAGCUAAUAAAAUAGAUUGAUUGAAGCAAGAUUUUCACAAAUAUCGACGAAAAGGCACAUUUUGGGAUGUGAUUUGACGGGACUAAUUAUUGGGUAAAAAUGUUGCUUACACUUGCAAUUUUUCGACAGCUGAUUGCUCUUAAAGGUCUUUGAAAAGUCUUUGAAAAUAGGCAGCAAAAAUCUUUGAAUUUUUUUGGUCUUGGAGACUACGAACCCUGACUCCGGUUUCCUCAUGUAUAGUAACACUGGACCAAUAAUGGAUGACACAUACUUACUGAGCCUCUAGAAAGGACAGUUUCGACAAAACUGAUAGUUUUUAAUCACGUUCUCCUUUUGUAUAAAACUGUACCCCAGGUAUAGGAUCCUCACCGGACCUUCGUGGAAAAGAGUUUAAAACUGAUAAACCCAUGUUCUUUCUAGAGCGAAAGCAGAAGCGAUUGUUAAAAAUCUGUUUGCCCUCCUUAAUGGCGCUUCGAUUGGCGAUUUGACUUCACUGAAUGAACUGGUACAGUACAUUAUAUCCCUACUAGGUUUCUUUUUGCUUAAUGUGAGAUUUAACUAACUUUCAGUUUUGAAUGAACAAUAUUCAGUUUUGUUCUCUUUACUUUGUUCUCAUUUCAAGGUGUACAAAUUAAUGAAGACAAGCUUGAUACCAAAGAAUGUUAUCCAUCUUUUGUGGGAAAAAUUUGCAAUGAAGGUAUAGUUGCAGGAUGGUCAUUGCAAACCUGGAGUUUGAGACAAUUUUUACUUCUUAUAUAUACACUAUAACAAAAGCUGAAGUACUGUGGAUGGUUGAGGGCAGGCCACUAGACCUUUCUGCAGUCAGUGCCCUCGACCAUUAAACACAUAUAUCCUUAAUUCACAUGGGAAGAUUAAGACAAUUUGUUUCUAAAUCGAUGGUUUUGACAAAACCACAUGUGUAUAAUUUUUGCAGAUGGACAUUAAUGUGUGAAUAAUCUAUAUAAAUUGUUUUGCUAUUUUAUUGAAGGAUCCCCAGACAACCCAAGAACAAAGCAAAAGCGCUCUGAAAUUAUUGGGAAUGCUGGCAAGGUAAAGGGCUGCUUUAGACAACAUAUAGAAAAUCAGAACCAAAAAAAUAAUCGUCCCCUCGUGUGUGUGACUGGGAUUCAAUUCUUCUAAUAUACACUUGUACUUGUUUGAUUAAAAGUUUACUUCUGUUGCAUGUAAGAAGAGUCACUCUACCAAACGCCAUACUAUUAUAGGAUUUCGCUAGAUACUCAUCGUGUGGUAAUAAGGAAUCGCCCUUACUGAACCUGCACUAUAUAUGGGGAAACAUUCGGAGAAUAGUUUCAGACUGCAUGAUAGAGCAGGGCUCGAAGAAGAGAAAAAAUAUGGCCUGCCAGUCUAAAUUAGUCAACUAAAUGAUCUAGUAUAUAUGAGUUGUGGUAAGCAAAUAAUAUGAAAUAUAUCUAUAAAUUUUCGCCUGCCAUUUUUUUUUUACUUGGCAGUUCAAAUUUGUUUUUGCCUGCCAUUUCUAAAAUAUGGCCUGCUUUUGGCCAUUGGCAGCCCGCUAUUUCGAGCUCUGUAGAUAUCCAGUAUAUAAAGUUGGCAGUUUGGUUUCCUCAUGUAAUAACAUUGGACCAAUUAGGUACUGGCCUUUACUGGACCUCUCGGGAGAACAGUUGACUAAAAGAGCUAUCCAGUAUAAAUAAAGUUUGUGUAGUCUUCAUUCUCUUGCCUUUUUUUUGUAGAGGUAAACAUGAGAUCGUGAAAAGCAAUAUAGAAGUACUAGUGAGCAUUGGGCUUGGCGAGAGAGCCAAAGACGAUGCUUUAUUAGUGCGAGAUACCUGCACUAUCUUACUCACGCUGAAUAAAAAUGAAGAAAAGGUGAGAAUAAAAUAUGUUGAGAACUUUUUGAACUGACAGAUGUGCAAGUCUGUGAGUAGUAUUCUACAUUAAGCUGCCGUUGUUUGCAUCUGAACAUUACUGUACCCGAAUAAAACCAUUAACAAAUAUGUGUGUGUCUGUUUGUCAUGCAGUACUGUAAUUACUUAAUUCAAAAUAUCAAAACGUUUAUUUAAUAUGGUCGGGUACAAAACCAUUGCCUAAGGAUAAAAUUUGAGUGAAAGUUAUACGAGAAUUUACAAAAGUUUAAAGGUAUUGUUAAGUGUUUUCAAAGGAUUGAGAUUCUUAAAUCCAAAAAUAUUCUCGGUGUGUAGACCUGGCUCUCCAGUGAUUUUGACCCUAUGAAAUGUGCGGCUACAUGAAGAAUGGCCCGCCGCUUAUGAUAAUUUCAAACACUUGCUAGGGGCUUUGGUGGCGCAAUCAUCUCGCUACGAACUCAUGACACUUAUGUGAAAAGAGUCCGUCAACGCUCUGCCGAAAGUCGUGGGUUUUCUCCGGUUUCCUCCCACAGGGAAUGUUGACAGGGUCGGUUGGGAUUUUCCCCCUAACUGACCCUUCCACCGUAGCUGUACUCCGUGAUCAGACAUGAGUCAUAAGGUGGCUGCCAGAGGCGUCCUUAGAAAGCCUUCGACUCGUUCAGGUUGAGCUGUGUCCUUCGUAAUUUAGCUUAGCUCUCAGCUGCAAGUAAGGAUGAUUAGCACACACCCACUUACUCACUUAAAUUAUAUUGGGAAAGGGCUAUACUGUAUAACAUGACCGGAUUUUGAGGGGAGGAGAGGUGUGAGGAGGUGUGCACCUCCCCUGAGAUCGUUUUGCAACUUCCCUAAAAUGUCAUGCACCUCCCCUUGGGGGAAAUUUCAAUGAUAGAUCAAAGUGAAAAUUUGACAUUUUUUAGUUGCUUAGGGUCUACACUUCGUAAGAACGUUUUUCUGUAAAAUUGAAACAGUGAUGGCCAUUCCUCUCUGUGUCAUGUACCCUUUUAAUGCAAUGUGUUGAAAGAAACUUUGUAGUAAUUGUAAUGAAGGGCAAAAUUGGAUGAGUUGUACAGUCAUAAUUCACUAAUACACGUUUCCUUUGGCAUCUGAUAUUGGUCGCGAUAUAGACAGUUCAAAAUCACUUCUAACGGAUAAUACAUUGACCUAAAAUGAGCAAUUGCUUUGAAUUACAAAAGAACAAACUCAUCUGGAAUGGCGACUUAAGCGAAUUAAAGUCCUACGUCGCAGAAAAGUUAAACAUAAAUGGUAAAUGGAAAUCACCGUCAGGUGGACGCUGGUUAUUUACUAGCGAUGCUUUGUCUAUAACCUGGUAUUGUAAAAGCAAAACUGUCUUAUUUCAAGGUCCUCGUGGCAGCGAAGUGGCUGACUCUUUGAAGAAAAAUAUCGAUGCAUCGCGAAUUGCAAUAGUGAAAGAUGCCGAGCUAAUCAUUGCUACCCCUGCUGUUUCCGAAAGACGGAAUGAAUCUAUCGAUAAUCAGUGUAGUCUCAGUAUUAACAAUUCUAACUCGAACAUGUUUGACAGAUCUAGUAAUACAACAACAACUAUCAACCGAAGCGACUCGGAUGCUAGCGAAGGAAAAGCAAAUGAGCAAGAAAUGUGUUCACACAAGCAGAACGAAGGCGAUUAUAUAAUGAAUUGCAAAGACUGUAGUAAAUUAUCUGUAGAAGUAGCAGAAAUUAAAUUGGACUUGGCAUUAUUAUUCCUAAAAGUUAAUACUGCUGAAGCUCCCGCUACAUGUGAAUGCAAUCGGCUACGAAACGAAAAUCAGCUAUUGAAACAAGAAAUUAAAUUACUCAAGGAAACACUGCACGGCAUGGAAUUGUCAAAAUCGCCAAUUAACAUUGCUAUCGAUAAUAUGAAUAAUCAACCAACCAUCACUGACAAUGACUCUGUUAUACUAAUUGAUAUAGAAGAAUCUGAAGUUAACGUAAACACUAAUAUGAAUAAUUUACCAUCUGCGACAUACAAAGAGAAACAAUAUAAUACCCGAGGGCCAGUUGUUAAUGACUCUCUUAUGAAAUAUAGAAAUCCCAAUAAACCAGUCGUGCAAGACUCCCUGACCUCAUUCGACCAUCUCCUAAAAGAAAAGGCCGCCUUAAACGCCAACAUGCAUCGUCAUAAGAGGAAUCAAGUGCAUAAUUCUCCAACUAACAGAACGCAUUUCUCGAAACCUAAUUACCGGCGCAAUCAGGCCGCCUUAAACGCCAACAUGGAUCGUCAUAGGAGGAAUCCAAUGCAUAAUUCCUCAACUAACAGAACGCAUUUCUCGAAACCUAAUUACCGGCGCAAUCAGUUUUCCGAGCCUAAACAUCAAUAUCGUCAAGCAAAUUUUCCCUCAAAGAUUUUUCGAAGCGGUCGCUAUCGGUGGAUUCCGAAACCAAGAACAACAGCAGACUAUACAGAUACAAGAGCAAGUCAAAUCAACCCGGCAUACAAAGUGAAUCCUUUCCAAUCAAAGUCAGAGUUACAGCUUGGAGAAACGGAGUCCUGGGAAGCUUACCUACAGCUGGUCAACCGCACCUUGGACCAGUUUGGAACCCUCGUUUAGGCGCAAUCCAACGGACAAGUGAUAAUUAUACAUCUCAGAGAAGUGUAAAUUUUAAUAAUUUAAUUAACAUUAAGACUAAUACAAACCCCACCAUUGGAAAGUCCUCAGUCCCGUCCUUCCUCUUGUCAAAUGUAUGCCAUAUAACAAAUAAGGUAGACGAAUUAGCUGCUGUUGUAUCGAUCUAUGACCCAUCCGUGGUAAUGAUAACUGAAUCUUGGCUAAGUGAUGAUAUCGGUGAUUCCUCGGUUAAGAUCGGUAAUAAAUACAACAUAUUUCGUCGCGAUAGAAAGUCUCCUGGCGGUGGAGUGAUCGCCUACGUGAAUAAUUGUUUACCAGCAGAGCGUAUGACUCACCUCGAAGAAGAAAACAAAGAAGUGAUAUGGUUGUUGUUAAAACCCCCAAGAACCCCUAGACCUUACAGUACAAUCGUUGCUGCUGUUGUGUACUACCCUCCUGGUCAAUCCGCCGAACAAGCAAUCGAUAUGAAUGAAUACUUAACUACUUGUAUAGAUAGUCUCUUGCGCGAACGUCCUUCAUCUGGAAUUGUUAUAGCUGGGGACUUCAAUCAACUAAAAUUAAGAGAACUAUGUAACAGAUUUAAUUUAAAAAGAUCCGUAACUAAACCGACUAGAGGACACAACAUUCUUGAUCAAAUCCUUACAAAUAUGCUCCCUCUCUUUGACACUGUUAGCCAUCUCCCCCCAAUCGGACGCUCCGACCACCAAUGUCUUCUAAUCAAGCCCAUUAAAAGACAGAAAACUCCGGUUACGUCAAAAAAAAUUAGAUUGAUGAAACGAGCAAAUUUAAAUGACCUCUCCCUGAAUAUAGCUUCUGAAGAUUGGACUACUGUAUAUUCAGCACUGGAUGUGGAUGAGAAAGUAUCAGCUUAUAACUCCAUUAUAAUCAAGAUGCUUGACGAGUUCUUACCUGAAAAAACCAUCAGAGUACAUCACUCUGAUAAACCGUGGAUCACCGGUAAUAUUAAAAUGCAAAUCAAAGCUCGUCAGAAGGCCUUUUCUCGUGGUGAUCAGCCAAGAUACAAACAACUAUGCGAGAAAGUGGCAAAUCUUAUAGCUAAAGCUAAAGCCACCUACUAUCGGUCCAAGGCCUCAGAAUUUCGUACCUCGAAUCAAUCGAAGUGGUAUAACUGUAUCUACUCUUUAGUAAAUGCCGAAAACACAACCCACACCCAAUUUCCACACGGGCCCGAAAACCUAGACUUAUCCGACUUAGCUGAAAAACUUCAGAAAGCCUUCACUAAACCAUGGUCGGACCGUUACACGAAUGUCGCCUUUGAAAUACCUGAAGUGAACCACCCACAUAAGAAUAACAAACCACCCCUUCCUUCUAUUGGCCAAGUUAAAGCGGUCUUAAAACAUCUUAAUCCAAGAAAAGCAACUGGCAUCGAUAAGGUUCCUGCAUGGAUGCUCAAACAAUACCACGAAGACCUAGCUCCUGUGGUUUAUGACAUUGUGUGCUGUAGUAUAAGUCAAUGUUGUUAUCCAUCACUCUACAAACAUGCCCUAAUUUCCCCUGUUCCUAAAGUGCAACCGCCGAGAGACAUUAACAAUGAUUUCCGCCAGAUAUCAGUCUUACCCCAUCUUGCCAAGAUCCUGGAAAAGAUCCAGCUCCAGUUAAAUAUUGAAGACCUGAAAAUUAAGAAUAACCAGCACGCGUUUACUCAACAUCGAAGCACAGUCUCUGCGUUAAUAUCAACUACCCAAACCUGGUUUAAUGCCACUGAUUGUUCAAAAACAGGCAAAAUGGGGGUUCAUGCGGCCUUCAUUGACUUUCGUAAGGCCUUCGACCUUGUGGAUCACAAUAUUCUUUUGAACAAAUUAGCAGCUAUGAACAUAAAUAAACCCUUCUGGUUAUGGAUUAAAAGUUUCCUUUCCGGAAGAGUUCAACAAGUAAAUCUCAAUGGUACCUUAUCAUCCAUUGCAACAUGCCCGGCCGGAGUCCCGCAAGGCUCUGUAAUAUCUCCCAUUCUUUUUAAUACCUACAUUGAUGAUUUGGAGGACGCCUUACCAGAACAACUAAAAGUCAGUACGAAUAAGUAUGCAGAUGACUGCACACAACACCAAAUAGUGAGCGUAGAUUCUAAUAGUAAUUUACAACAAUCUAUCAAUGAAGUAAAUAACUGGGCGGUGUUAAAUAAAAUGGCAAUUAAUGCUAAAAAAACUAAGGACAUGUGGAUCUCGUUCACGGACGCUAUACCUGAACCACCACGUCUUCGUAUUGGAAAUGAGUUAAUAGAAAGGGUCAACGCUUUUAAAUUACUUGGCGUGUCGUUCCAAAAUAAUCUAAAAUGGAACGCACAUGUUGAAGAGAUUACACGUAAAGCAAAUAAACGCCUUUACCAUCUUAGAGAAUGCAGGAAAUCGCAGUUACCAGCUGAAGUCGGUAUUAUUACCUAUCAAUCCAAAAUAAGACCAAUUCUCGAGUAUGCAUCACCUGUCUGGGCGGGACUCCCUAAUUACCUGCGAGAUGAAAUAGAGCGGGUUCAAUCCAGGAGCUUAAGAAUCCUUGGCCUGGAAAAAGAUUACCUACCACCGUUGAACGAAAGAAGGGAAGAGGCAACUAGUCGAGAAGUUGAUAGGUUUAUGAACGAUCCACACCAUCCCUGUCGCAGUGUUUUGCCAAAAUUAAUUAACAAUCAGUACAAUUUAAGGAACAUUGACCGGAAUCGCAAUAUAUCAUUCUUCUCAGGAACUGAAAGGCAUAAACAUUCAUUUUCAGGUAGAGCUUGUAAAUAUGUAUAAAUAGUUUUAACUUAUUAGAAGAACUUAUUAGAUUAAAGAAUUUAUUAGUUUUAACUUCUUAGUUAGUUUUCUAAAUUAUCUUACAACAAUUUGUAAUAUAAAGACAUAUCCGCAGCAUAUAUACUUUCUUAAACAAGUAAUUGUAAGUCCAUUGUACUUUUUUAUCUUAAGAUGGAUGAAUAAAGCUAUUAUUAUUAUUAUACACUGAUACAUAUGUACACUACAUGCAUACGUCAACUUUCCAUGGGGGUCGUGAGCUAGACCGGUGCACCUCCACUAAAUUGUUUUCCACCUCCCCCACUAUUUCCACCAAAAUCCGACCUUGCUGCAUAGGAUUAACAUUGAGCCAUAAUUCACCUCAUUAACAGGUUCGUGAUGACAAACAAGGACCACUACGAUUUUCCUCAGACCACAUGGCGUUUCAACGUCUUAAUGACAUAUUAGUAAGCAGUAUAACGUCGCCUGUGCAAGGCAUGUGGGUCCCAAUGGCUGAAGAAGCUAUUAAUGUUGUUUACAAUUUGGCGGAACAUCCUGAUAAGAUAUGUGGCCAUUUGAUCAAGAAUUUGAUUAAGAAGAUUUUUGGUGAAGAGGAGAAUUUGGAUGGCAGCGAUGCAAAUAUUGAUAAAGGUAAAUUGAGGAAAUCUGUUUUAGAGAGAAAAAGUUCAACAAUCUAAUUUUUGUUUAUCAGUGACACAAUUAAGGGAGCGAUCAUUACUUAUUGGGGGUGGCACCGAAGACAAAAGGGUUGGGUAGACAAAAUUUUGAGUGAGUAAAAGGUUGGGUAAAUGAGAAACAAAACAACUCAAGGAUUGGGUAAUAAAAAUGUACUGUCCUUUCCAAAGCAUGACUCAUUCAAAUAUUGAAGACUAAAAAGCAAUAUCAGUAGUCAUACGUCUGUAUAAAAUAUAUGAAAAUCAAUCAGAAUCACUAUCUUGAUCUUUUUCCGAUUUGUCAGGAGACAAAUGGUGUCUUCAAAGAAAGUACAUGUGCAGACAACAUGAAACUUUAGACUGCAGAGAAUUGCACAAGCAGUUGGCAAACUCCACCACAGAAGUGGUAAAGGACAUGUAUGACAAUUGAAUGGUAUUCUCUUGUAAAGUUUUUGGCCAUGGGUGGGUAUUUAUUUUUGAAUUGAUAUUUGAGGUUGGGUAAAAAAGUUUUGCCUUUUUAAUGGUUGGAUGAGCAAAAUGUUUCAUAAAAAAAACAUUUCUCUUUGGUGCCACCCCCUGCCAUAAACAAUGACUGGUCCCUAACUUCAUCCGCGGUUCAAUUCAAUUCACUCCAUUCCGCAUGCGUAUGUGCAGAUUAGGCAUCAAAGUUAUCCAAAAAAUGAUAAAAUAUCAAUUUGCAAACAGAACACCUCAAGUAAACUGACGACAGUUUAAAAUGUUCAGUGAGGAGUUUCGAGGUAUGAACCUUUGGUUUUCUCUCUCGUAGCAGCAAGCGAGGAAACACCAGCUCCAGUGUCGUGUCCCAGUUACGUGUUAGCUCGCUUCCUGGCUGCCGCUGGUCAUAUCGCACUACAGCAAGUUGUCCAUCUUGAGGCGAGUAUUCUGGGCGAGAUCAAACGACGCGAGAGACUCAAGGAAGACAGCAAGGGAGAAAAGAAGAAAAAUAUUUCGACAUCGACAAGUGUCACUCAGACGCCAAGAACUAAGGUGAUCCAGCUUUAUGUAUUUAAGAACGUCUAAAUUACUAAACCACAAUCUUGGAUAUAACUGGUUGAGAUUUCCUUUUCCUCUAUGCAAAAUUCGCAUACUCCUAAUAAUAUCACUGGAAAACAUUCUGAAAAUCCAUAGAAUGGAAAUUGUAUGGACCUUUAUUGGAAAUAGAAUGGAUUUUUGAUUAUCCAUAAUAAUUGUAUAUUUCCAUAUGCCUAUGGAUAUAGUAUCGAAAUAGUAUGGAUAUACUAUGGAUUUACAGUAGUGGUGCAAUUGCAAAUAUCAUAGUAUGGAUUUCACUUUUUUCCCCAGUGUAAAUACCAUGUUGAAUCAUGUUGCGCUUCUUAAUCUCCGCUCCCCCAACUCAAUGUUGAGCUUGUGUCUUGGUAUAAAUUACUAAAAGUUUUUCCGGCGCUGUUUACAACAUUGAACUGGGGGAGAAGGGGUGACGAAGGUAGUUUUAUCAAUGUGCAUUUUAUCUUGCAAUAUUGACUGGAAUGGUCUCAAGGGAACUAAACUAUAAACUAAACCAACUUUAUAAUAAUGGAUAGCUUUGUCAGUUCUUCUAAACUUGACCCUACAUAUGCAGUAAGAACCGUUUCUUACAUGUAUAUUGGUGCGGUGUUACUAUACAAUAGGCGGCGUUUGGUAGAUUCCAGUUAGAAGUACUUUUUCCACAUGCGCCUGAGGUAAAAUAACGAUCAUCAGACAACCGUAUAUAUUGCCAGAAUCGGGUCAGUUUGAGUCAAUUUUAUAUUAAUUGGUACGAUAAGUACCUCAUCUUGCACGGAUACCUUGGAUCCAUAAAUGUACGUUAGGGUUUGUUAGUGUUAGGUUUAGGAUCAGGGUGAUACGGAUCCAAAUUAUCCGUGCAAGAUGAAGUACAUACCUUGUAUUGAUAGGGCCCCUAUGGAUACGAGCCUUCGUGCUGAAAGGGCCACCCUGUUUAAAUAAAGUUUUUUUUCCAAGCAAUGUCGGGUUUUUAACAUGAUUAAACAUAUAAUAUCAACUAAUAUUCUCCAUUUAUAGGAGGGGGCAAGCGAGACACUAGAGGAUGAAAUGGGAUUGACAGGGGCAACUGCUGAAGACGCAGAAGCUGAAUAUAUUAAGAAGAUUUGUGACCAUGAGAUAGUCACUGGUAUGACAGACACAGACCUUUUUGACUAUUCUCUAAACCCUCUGAAUUCUUAAUGACCUUAGUCUUUGAAACUAUCUAGCCCUAGUUUCGUAUUAUUCAUGUUUCACAUUCUACUCUAGGUGGUAAUAAUCUGUUGUCUCUACUUGGUUCUCUGAUCGUCGCCGUAUGUAAUAAUCCAGCCAAGUAUUCCGAUCUACAAGUACAGACUGCAGCCUCUCUGGCAUUGUCUAAAUUCAUGUUAGUCAGGUAAGAAUAAGCCACACUUUUUAUUCUUAGAGAAUAGCCCGGUUUGACGGUAUCACUGUAUCCGUUUAUGUGCAUGAAUAAGGCAUUAGACAAAAUAUCAGGAAAAUAUCAAGCUUGAUUUCUUCCAGGCUGGGGCAGUUUUUAUAAAACCGAUUUAUCGAUUUUUUUGUUCGUGUCAUCUUGACGACAUUUGAAACCGCGUUUCAUUACGUCAUCAUUUUUUUUUUUUUUUUCGAAAAAAAACACGAAAAAUGGACCACGGAAAAAUUAAUAGGCAAUGCAUUUCCGAGUCCAUCACCCGUGAAGAAUUAUAGGAAUUUAUGAUUUCCUUGGUCGGUUUUUUUUUGGUACUCUUCUUUUUCGUUUUUCCAAUCCUGGGAAAGACGGGAAAACUGGUUAUGAAGAAACCCGAUAUUUAUCAGUUUACCGAUAAAACAACUGCCAGUAUAUGUAUAUCGCGCAUUCUAACUAGUUCGUCUGGGUAGUUCGUUAUGUAUUUUAAACUAAGACAGCUAAUGCAUCCCUGGAAUAAAUUGGACUAUUAUUACACAGAAACUCCAGUCAUUGCAUUUUAAACUGUUUUUCAUUUCAGUGCUGAGUUCUGCGAGAAAAAUCUUCAACUUUUAUUUACGAUAUUGGAAAAGGUAAACUGUUUUCAAAUGUCGACACUGGAGAUCUAUUUCAGGUCGCAGUCUGGCUAGCUAGCUGAUUUGACAUCGAGCAAAUGGCCUGAAACUGUUGGCAGAAUCGAAACUGUUGGCAGAAUAGAAUCUUUGUCUUUUAUUAAACCAGUUGAAACUAUGUGUCAGUAAUUUUUGAGCUUGUUUCUUUAGAGUCGACAUGAAGUGAUCAGGUCUAACACAAUAAUUUCUCUUGGCGAUCUAACUCCUCGUUUUCCCAAUAUCAUUGAACCUUGGACACCAAAUCUUUAUGCAAGGUAAAAACAUAGACCAUGUAUAUAUUUUCCUACAGGCGAUGGGCAUGUAUAUGAUGGAGAUCGUGUUUACGGAUCGACAAUUUUGUCGAAUAAAUAGACGUGGUGUUUCCACAAGGUAAAACAAUACUACUAAUUCAUUCAGACUUCGGGAUGAUUCGUCUCAAGUUCGGAUGAACGCGAUGAAGAUUAUGACGCGUCUCAUUCUCAACGACAUGGUGAAGGUCAAGGGUCAGAUCAGCGAGAUGGCCACGUGCUUAGAAGACGAUGACCCAAGAAUUGCUGAGCUUGCAAAAUCAUUUUUCUCCGAGCUCUCAAAGAAGGUACUAGCUUAGUUAUGUCCAACUUGCCAGCUUCUAGAUAUUCUGAUUUCUUUACACAUUCCAUCCAUCCAUCCAUGUCUUCUUCGGGUUCUCCCAUCUUCUAUUCCUUUUUAACUCCAGCACCCUAAUGUCUCUGACUAGUUUUCCUCUAUCUCGUCUUAUUACCUGUGUAUAUCAUCUUUGAUUUCUUCAUCUUCUCUGCAAUGUCUCCCACUCCAUAUCUUCUUCUGAUCUCUUCAUUCCAUAAUGUCCCUGCUAAGUCUAUGACCGGUGAGACUUCAUCUCUUCUUAUUACGUGUUCUUACCAUCUCAACCUUGCUGCCCUCAUCUUCUCUGCAAUGCUACCACACCAUAUCGUUUUCUGAUCUCUUCAUUCCAUAAUAUUUAUGCUAUUAUAUCAGCUCUCCUUCAUCUCUUAUUGUUAUAUGUCAACACCAUCUCAACCUGCUUCCCUUCUUCUCAAUUCUUCUUUUGAUUUCGUUGUUCCUCGUAUUGAUUUUGAGCGAAAUUUCUAUCAUCCAACUCAACAUUCGCCAUCAGGCAUUGAGCUCUGUUCGGCAGCUUUCAGUAUUCAUCUCCAUACAGUUCCAUGGUAUUUUCCAUAUAACAUGUGACAUUUCAUUGAGCUGACAUUUCAUUUCAGGGUAAUGCCGUGUACAAUAUUCUACCCGAUGUCAUCAGUCGACUUUCUGACCCCGAUACAGGCAUCGAAGAAGCUCCAUUUAGAAAUAUUAUGAGGUACUCUAUACUGCCAGUGACGUCAUAAUGAUGUCGUCAUUAAAAUGACGUCAUCAUGACAUGACGAUGUCCUUUAUCGGAUUCUCAGUCACAAAUCUGUACUAAACGUACUGACCGUUAUUAGAACAUGAUACUAUACAAAACAAUGCAAACAUCAAGUACAGCUAUAAAACAAAUUCGCAGUUUCAAGGCCGAUUGACACUCACAACUUUUGUCAAAAACUGUUACAUGCAACCUGCUUACAACUUGAGUUGUACUGUGUAAGUCAAGCACAUAACUCAUCUACGUUGCCGUAAAAUGACACGAGACGUCACACAUUAACAACUUCGUAUACUUUUUGUAGCUAUCUGUUUUCGUUCAUUCAAAAAGAUCGACAAUGCGAAAGUCUGGUGGAGAAACUUUGUCAUCGAUUCAGGGCAACCAGGUAAUAUUAUUCAGGGCAACCAGGUAAUAUUCAGGGUAACCAGGUAAUAUUAUUCAGGGCAACCAGGUAAUAUUCAGGGCAACCAGGUAAUAUUAUUCAGGGCAACCAGGUAAUAUUAUUCAGGGCAACAGGUAAUAUUAUUGAAGGCAACCAAGUAAUAUUAUUCAGGGCAACCAGGUAAUAUUAUUCAGGGCAACCAGGUUAUAGUAUUCACUGCAACGGAGUAAUGUUCAGGGCAACCAGGUAAUAUUAUUCAGGGCAAACAGGUGAUAUUAUUCAGGGCAACCAAGUAAUAUUCAGGGCACCCAAGUAAUAUUAUUCAGGGCAACCAGGUAAUAUUAUUCCGGGCAACAAGGUAAUAUUAUUUAGGGCAACCAGGUAAUAUUAUUCAGGGCAACCAGGUAAUAUUAUUCCGGGCAACUAGGUAAUAUUAUUCGGGGCAACCAGGUAAUAUUAUUCGGGGCAACCAGGUAAUAUUAUUGAGGGCAACCAGGUCAUUUCAUUCAAUUGAAUUCGAAAUCUAUAUUCUGUAUUUAAUUUAGAACUGACCGUCAAUGGAUCGACCUGUCAUUCUGCUUGGCUCAACUUUCCUACAACGAACGUUCUUUGCGGAAACUACAAGAAAACUUUGCAUGUUUCCAAGGCACGCUCUCGAAUGACGAUGUCUUCGGCUUCUUUAGUACAAUCAUGGGAAAAUGCAAGAAAAUGGCUAAACCUGAAAUAAAGGUAUAAUCUUUACUAAUGAUUAUAAUGUGGGUUUCGGUAAGGAACCCUUAGGCAUUAUCUUCCAGGCGUCGGUUGUACGAAGGCCUUCAAGCUUUAGAGAAUUGUCUGUUGAUUGGUAUUACCCAGAUUCGUAAUUCAGUUUUGCUUCGCAGAAAGUGGGAAAUGAAGAAAAAACCUAGACCGGUAUUAAUUCUCAAUAUAUUUGGUUUCAAAAAGUCUUUGAUUUCCUUGAUCAUACAUGAAGAACUCUUUGAAAUUGAUUAUAAUUUAUAUGCGCAUGGCCUGGACAAAGAUUAUCCUGUUCAAUUAAUCAAUCCAAUGGGUUUUGUUAAAAGAAGUCCUGACAAUGUUUCUUUGUUUCGCAUUGUUUGUUUUCAACCUAUGGGCGCGCUAAAGCCACUAUUUGUUAUAACAGUCAUUCCACUCAGAAACAUACGAGUCAGAAAUGUUACAAUUGUAUUUCUAACGUAGGUGGUUGUAGAAGAACUGGAGUUACGUAUCACGACGUGUCACGAGAAAGGUGUCGAAGAGGAAGCGGGCUACGAGCGUGCGAAUCAAGCUUCGGCAGCUGCUCGGGUCCUAGUCGGAAAAGUGGCGAAUACUCCAGCAAAUAGUAAGUCGACAUGUUUAUGUAAUGUAUGUGUGUAACUUAGCAAUGGUACUUAGUGAUUUCGAUGUAUACAGCUUUGGUUAGGUUAUAAUAUAUCCUUAUCACGCUUUAUUGAGUCGAGAGCAAUAGUCGAAUGAGUCGAAUGGUGGUAGUUUUGUUGCCAGACGUUGCUUCGGUCUCGAACUAUGGCUGACUGAAAAUUUGGCGAGAAGGGUAAAAUCCAAAAAAAUGUCGAGGAAGUCAUUUGCUGAAUUAGAAUUUGACGCUGAGUCGAAUUUAGUUGAGUCGAAUAGUUCAAAGUUAGUAAGUACAAAAAAAUGGAGGGGGCGUACUCCCCUGUACCCCACCGGCAAAUCCGCCCCGGGUAACUGUUCUCCCUAAAGGUUCAGUAAAGGCCAUUCCCUAUUGGGUCGGGGUUAGUAUACGAAGAAUCCUACACUAAACUGAAAUUAAACUCGACGUCUCUGUCGGAUUUUUGAACUCUUUCCAACGUAUCCAUUUUAACAUUUUUACAGAGAAGACACGAAGUACCAGGGGUCGGACGCCAGCGUCGCGUCGUCGUCGGAAAAACGAUUCGGAAUCCGAAGUCGUCCCGAAACCCCAGACUGGCAAGAAAUCGACCCGUAAGAGCAGAAAGAAAGUUAUCGAAUUCGAUAGCGAUGACGAGGAGAUGAUGCAAGGAACCUGGGACGAGGCGUUUGAGGCGGAAAAGGAAAAUGUGGAAGUUUGAAACGAAAUGUGCAACUUGGCUGGUGGAAGUGCGCAGAUGAAGAUUCUUUUAUUGUCUUUAUUCUUUCAUAUUUUUUGUCUUAUUAUUUUUUGUUAUUUAUACUUUCUGUAUAAAUGGUACUUGUCGUAUAUAAAGACGGUCGCCAAGCAUAUAAAGCUUUUUAUGUGAAUACAGUAUUUCCUGUAUAACUGUAUUUAGCCACCUAUACACUCAUUUUCAAAUGUAUUGGGACACAUGCCCCAACUACCUAUAUUAUUUUGACAAAACGUCGUUCCCACCGCCUUCAUUUCAAUGUCGGGUCUCAGUUACCAUCUAUAUACAUUGGUUUGUAUUGAUAUGUAUUGAUAAAAUAUAUUAAAUAGAACAUAUUCGGGCUCUGUGCCAUCACCUGUUUACUCGUAUUCUAAAAGCAUGAUAUAUAUUGAUAAUACAAAGAAACUCGUAUAUUGGUAUUCAUUCCAACUUGCAAAGUUAAAUCUCUAAGGAGCUUUAUGGUUGUCUAAUAGAUAUUAUAUUGAACCUUCAAUUAAAUAGUUUGGAAAAUACAAGGGCUCUUUUGGAAUGCAAAAGUGUUUUGUUCUGUUUUAAUUUCUUCUUUAACGUCC